UGUAAGUAGUAGUAGCAGGCGCCGCAUGUGUAGUGAAUAAUUAUUAACUGAGCGGAUAUUUUCUCUGGGGAACAUGUUUCUAUACGGACAGAAAAUCCGUUGCACCAGCUGGCGUUUGACUUCACUGCUAUUAGCGCAGUUGAAUUUCUGGCCGGUGGACACAAUGGAGGAAGAACCAGAGAGAGCUAAGCGCUGGGAAGGGGGCUAUGAGAGAACAUGGGAGGUGCUGAAGGAGGAUGAAUCCGGCUCACUCAAAGCCACAGUGGAAGAGAUCCUGUUCCAGUCCAAAAGGAAAAGGGUGAUAGAAAGCCAUGGUCAAGUGAGGCUUGGGAUGAUGCGUCACCUAUAUGUGGUGAUUGACUGUUCAAGGAGUAUGGAAGACCAGGACUUGAAACCAAACCGCCUCACUUCGACUCUGAAGCUGAUGGAAGCUUUUGUCGAUGAAUACUUUGACCAAAACCCCAUUAGUCAGGUGGGCAUUAUCACCACGAAGAAUAAAAGGGCUGAGAAGCUGACUGACCUGGCAGGAAAUCCAAAGAAGCACAUUGCUGCUCUGAAGAAAGCGGUGGACACUGUGUGUGUGGGAGAGCCAUCAUUGUACAACUCUCUCAGCUUGGCCAUACAGACCCUCAGGCACAUGCCCGGACAUGCGAGCCGGGAGAUCCUGAUAAUCCUCAGCAGCCUUACCACAUGUGACCCAGCCAACAUCUACGAGCUGAUUAAGACCCUGAAGUCUCUAAAGGUGAGGGUGUCAGUAAUCGGCCUGUCAGCGGAGGUUCGUGUGUGUACGGUGUUGACCAGGGAAACGGGUGGCUCGUACCACGUCAUUCUGGAUGAGAGCCACUUCAAAGAGCUGCUGAUGCUGCAUGUCAAACCUCCUCCAGCCAGUUCCUCAUCUGAAUGCUCUUUAAUACGCAUGGGUUUUCCUCAGCACACCAUGGCCUCUCUUACUGACCAGGAUGCCAAGCCUUCAUUCAGCAUGGCUCAUCUGGACAGCAGCAGUGGAUCAGGUCUGUCUCUGGGGGGAUACUUUUGUCCGCAGUGCCAUGCCAAGUACACAGAGCUUCCUGUGGAGUGUAAAGUCUGUGGUUUGACUCUGGUGUUGGCCCCCCAUCUUGCCAGAUCCUUCCACCACCUCUUCCCCCUUGAGGCCUUCAUAGAGAGUUCUGUGGAGGAGCUUCAAGAAGAUAGGUUCUGUCAAGCUUGUCAAGGGGAGCUGAAGGAUAAAAGUAUAUUCUCCUGUCCAGUAUGUCGCAGUGUGUUCUGCGUGGAGUGUGAUCUCUUCAUCCAUGACUCGCUGCAUUGCUGCCCAUGCUGUAUUCACAGUCAGAGUGCCCCCUGAUGCUGAGAGGCCAACCAAUAAGGGCUCAGUGCCAAAGCUCGUGGCUACUCUGAGAACCUUGUCUGAGCUACUGUGAUGUUUACCUAAAGCACAUUGCUUUAUAUUUGUCAGAAGUGGUUUAUGUGCAUUGUUUAUAUGGUUCUGUCUGUGACAUGGCAGUUACAAUAAAACACAUUUUUGUUUUUGUA